UAAGUUUAUUAACUAAGUAUUAUAUGUUGUUAUUUACUGCUUUUUACUGUUGUUAUUUGUUUUUUUUUUUUUAAUGUUGUAAUGUGGUUGUGCUGACUUAUUUAUAUGUGCUGUGCAGCAUUUGGAUGCUGCUUUCCAUAUGAUGAGGAGGAGGCAACACUUCUUCCCGGAGUUGUACCCACGUAAGUGUACUGUCAUGCCAUCUUGGUUUACCUCAUCGUUGAGGGGUCGGUGGGAUGCUUGGAAGAGCAAUACUGACCAUGAUGGUUUUGUUUGGGAUGAGUCCAUCUUGGAACUCCUUCGUGGGGAUCCAAACCAAUUUUUGCCUUCUUGGAAGGGUAUGGAGUGCAUAUACAUGGCCCUGUUCUUGAACGGACCGAAACAUUGGAUCGCUAUGGAGGUCAAUCUUGAGUUGUGGAAGAUAUUCCUCUUCGAUUCGAGUCUUGGAUCUCUAACGAACGACGAACUGAAUUCGCUUAUGGAUGUGUGGUGCCCUUUACUAGCCAAAUUGGUGGACCAGUGUGGUGUAUGUGACACUCAUUACAUGGUGAUGGUCCCUCAAAUGACAGCCUCCGAAAGUCAGGUCAGACCCUUCGACUGGGAAAUGAUGGACAAUAAAGUUGUACCUCAGACAAAAUCGAGCGGCGAUUGUGGAAUGUACGUCAUAGAGCAUAUUGAGCAUAAGUUAUUGGAUCUACCAUUCGAUGGAGUACAUGAUCAGCAUAUGUCGCUCUUUCGCCAGAGAUGGGCAGUAGAUUUAUUCUACCAGAACUUGGCAUGAACUUUAGAUGUUUAAUUUUUUAUAUUUGUUGAACAAUGUUUACUUUUACACUUUUCAAUUUGAACAAACUACUUUCACUAAAAUUAUUUUAUUUUAUCAGUAGAACUUGUUUUUGGCUCA